CAAACACGCACUUAAGGAAGAUAUCCAGCGAAAAUUUCCCCACAAAAAAACGGAAAAUAUUCAGCAGAAGCAAAAAGAGGCUCCUUUUCUGGGUUUUUGAAGGAAACAGGGGGCCCUGGGACUCGCGGACAAAUCAGCCAGGCCACGGUGAUACCCUCGCUGCUCCGAUCCGUGAAGGCAAAUAAGGUCCGGACCGAAGCCCUCCGGAGUUCGGAGAAGUCGAAUCAGCAGCGGCACGACGCGCCAUGGUUUCUUUCAGGAUAACUUUGAUAUUUCUGGCUUAAUAGGCGAUCGAAUUUGAUUCGGAUGACCCAGAGCUAGCAACCAUUAGGCAAAGAAGAAUGCAGGAGUUAAUGGCACAACAUGGCAUUGGAAAUCAACAGAAUGCAGAUCAGCAGAAAGCACAGGAAGAUGCCAAAAGGGAAGCAGAGGAACGAAGGCAACUUAUGCUUAGUCAGAUUUUGUCUGCCCAAGCAAGAGAAAGACGAUGAUGAUGAUGAUGGUGGCGGUGAUUUCAUGUUAACAGUUGCUCGAAUUGCUUUGGUUAAACCUGAAAAGGCAAGAGGUGUUGAGGAUGUUCUCCUACGAGCUGCUCAAAUGGGACAGAUGACUGAAAAGGUAUCUGAAGAGAGGCUCAUAUCACUUCUGGAGCAGAUCAACGUCCAAACAAGCAAACAGACCAAAGUGACAAUUCAGAGGCGUCGCAGUGUUCUUGAAGAUGAUGACUAACGGGCAUGGAUGGUUUUUGAACAUUGCAAUAAACAUAUGGCCUUAAAUCCUUGGAUUAUUUAUACUAUAGUUGAUAGCUUAACGAGUGAUUGAAUUAUUUCAAAUAGGCAAACAUUAAGAGUGUAAACUUGUGUGGAGGAUGGGAUUUUUCUUUGUAUGUUGUUAAUUUGUUGUUUCUCUGUUUACUUGUUAUGGCAUUACUUUGUGCUUAAUCAGUGAUGUGCAUUGGAUUAGCUGUGGACUUGGAUAUCA